AUGAUAGAUAGUGAAUUGAAUAAGAUACCAAAAUUUAUAAGAAGACUCUUUAGAGAGGUCAGUGAUCCAGAAAACAAGUAUAUUUGCUGGGGUGAAAAUGGAGAGAAGAUUAGGAUUGUAAACAAGGACAAGUUCGUUAAAAAUACACUCCCAAGGCUUUCGAAAACGAAAGAGUACAGCGGAUUUGUACGACAGUUAAACAUCUAUGGGUUUGUAAAGAUAAAGAGUGAUAAAAACGAUGAGAUCGAAGAAUACUACAACUGCUUCUUUAAGAGGGAUGAGCCUAGUCUCAUGGAGCAUAUUAAGAGAGUCAAGAAGUAUGAUGAGAAAGCAAGCAGACUGAACCACUCUGCGUUGGAAAAUAGUCUUACGUAUCUUACAAAUUGCAAUUUUAGACUGACAAACGAGCUUGCAGAGCUGAGGGAAAGGAUGGAUAGACAGGAACGCACAAUUAAUGGGCUGUUGGAGAUUCUAGGAAAAGUGUUUAGAACAGGCGCUCAGAACAUUAGCUACGAGAGCAAUCUAUUGAAAAUGAGGUCAGAUUUCCCAACAAACCUACUUGAAAGCCAGAAGAAUGACAGUACAUAUACGCCUGGAAAACUGAUUGAAGAUAAAGAGUUGAAGUCUAAAAACAGCAGUAUUGUCAAAGAUAUGAAUGACAUUUUCUACUUUUAA